AUGGUGGUGGAUUUGGCAUCUCAGGAUGAGGGAGUAACACUUGUUGAACGUGGUAAUCAUGUUGAGAUGAGUAAUGGAAUAGUUAGCAUCACAUUGACCUUACCCGGUGGUUCAAUCACCAAUAUAACAUAUCAAGGAAGUGACAAUUUGCUUCAAACUCAAGAUAAAGAAACAGACAGAGGGCAUUGGGACGUUGUUUGGAACGAGGCAUCAAGCAGCAUUGGCAAAACUGACAACUUGGAAGGAACAGAUUAUAAGGUGAUAUCGCAAAGUGAAAAUCAAAUUGAGAUUUCAUUUACCAGAACAUGGUCUCCUCCUAGCUCACUCGCCCCAUUAAACAUUGAUAAAAGAUAUGUGAUGCUGCGUGGGUCCCCUGGAUUCUAUACAUAUGCUAUACUCGAACGAAUUAAAGGGUGGCCUUCUUUUCUUAUACAAGAAGGAAGAAUCGUGUUCAAGCUUCAGGAGAAUAAGUUUCACUACAUGGCUAUGUCUGAUGAAAGGCAAAGGUUUAUGCCAAUGUAUGAAGAUCGUGAAUCUGGCGAACCACUUGCUUAUAAGGAAGCUGUUCUCUUGAAAAAUGCAACUAAUCCCGAAUUCAACGGAGAGGUGGACGAUAAAUACUUGUUCUCAAGCGACAACAUUGACAAUAAGGUCCAUGGAUGGGUUAGCAAUGACAAUGUCCCAAUAGGGUUUUGGAUGAUCACUCCAAGCAAUGAAUUUCGAACAGGUGGCCCAAUCAAACAAGAUCUCACAUCUCAUACUGGUCCAAUUCUCCUCUCUAUGUUCAUCAGCAGACAUUAUAUUGGGACUGACAUAGAUGUCAAGUUUGAAACUCAAGACAAUUGGAAAAAAGUUAUUGGUCCUAAUUUUAUCUAUCUCAACUCCAAUGCUUCUGCUCUAGCAGAUCCUUCUAUUCUUUGGAAUGACGCUAAACUAAGGUUGCAAAAGGAGGAAGCGGAUUGGCCGUAUAAUUUCCUACAUUCGAUCGAAUACCUCAAAUCCGAUCAACGGGGAUCUAUUACCGGUCAAUUGCUUGUUCAUGAUCGGUUGGUUAGUGAGCAACCUAUGCCGGCUGGCUCAGCUUAUGUGGGAUUAGCUCCACCCGGGGCGGCUGGGUCAUGGCAGAUUGAGAAUAAGGGGUAUCAAUUUUGGACACGGACGGAUGAAGAGGGAAAUUUCGAGAUCAAGAAUGUGAUUCCGGGAACCUACAACUUGUUUGGAUGGGUUCCUGGAGUUGUAGGAGACUUUAAACAUGUAUCCGACAUCACCAUCAACCCUGGAUCUAGUGUCAAGGUUGAAAACCUGGUGUUCGAUCCCCCAAGAAACGGUCCAACUUUGUGGGAGAUUGGGACUCCAGAUCGCACUGCUGCCGAGUUUUUCAUUCCGGAUCCUAAUCCAAAAUUCAAGCUUCAUCCAUACAAACUUCCCAUUCAAAAGUUCCGACAAUAUGGGCUUUGGGAUCGCUACACCGAUUUAUACCCUAAAAAUGACCUUGUUUUCACAAUUGGGACUAGCAACUAUAAAACAGAUUGGUUUUUCGCACAUGUUACAAGGAAAAUGGGAGAGACAGAAUAUACAACAACAACAUGGCAAAUAGUGUUCAACCUCAAUACCGUCGACAAACAAGCAAAUUACACUCUCCAAUUGGCCCUCGCAUCAGCCACUGCACUAGAUUUACAAGUACGUUUCAACGAUCAAAUAUCCCCUCCACAUUUCGAGACGGGAUUCAUAGGCCGUGAUAAUGCAUUAGCAAGACAUGGGAUUCACGGGUUGUACCGUUUCUACAGCAUCCCGGUGCAAGGCCAAAAACUUGUUGUGGGAGAGAACAAGUUAUUCUUAACACAAGCAAAUAGGAAUGGUUCAAAGCUUGGACCCUUUAAUAGUAUCAUGUACGAUUAUAUACGUUUAGAAGGCCCAACGCCAUAAAUAUAGG